CCCAAAUUUGACCUGAGCACUAUCAAUCUCCCAUUCAGUACCCCCCAGAGGAACAAAAAAAAAAAAAUCGAAAUUAGUGAUGUAUUUUGAUUUCCAGGAGUGAAUCGGAAUGUAGCGGCAGCGCUGAACCAUAAGCAAUUACCUAAUUUUUCAAAGUGAAGAAAAAGAAGUUGAAAACUUUCCGUCAUUUACUACUACUUUGAUUUCAAUGUGUGCAUUUGUUUGUAUACUUUCUUAUCUGAAAUCAGUUGUUUAAUAUGUCUGUGUCAUCUGGAAUGUCAUGAUAUCGUAAUUAUACUUCUAAAAUUAAUCAUGGAAGAAAGAAAUUUAAUAAAUGACCAAACUGUUGUAAAUAGGCAUCUAAUUAAAGCCCCUUUCGCCUCUACAGGAACAAUCGCUAUUUCAGAAAAUGACAAUGUUGAAACAGUUAAUGCUCCCGCUUUUUCAAAUGCUGUUGAACGAACUGACAGUACUGUAUCAUCAUCCAACUUUAGCAGUAGAAAGGCUAACAUAGCGGUUAUUAUUCUUUGUUAUAUCAAUCUCAUAAAUUACAUGGACAGAUACACUCUUGCAGGUGUCUUAAAAGAUGUUAAAGGUUAUUAUGGAUUAGAUGAUAAAAAAGCUGGUCUGUUACAAACAUCAUUCAUUCUAAGUUAUUUGAUAAUGGCUCCUAUCUUUGGCUAUCUUGGGGAUAGAUACAAUCGGAAAAUUAUUAUGGCUUGUGGCAUUUCAUUUUGGAGUGCAACUACAUUCUUUGGUUCCUUUGUUCCUCCUCAUUAUUACAAGUUGUUUAUAUUUUCACGUGCAUUGGUUGGUACUGGUGAAGCAAGUUACUCAACUAUAGCACCCACUGUUAUAGCUGAUUUGUUUACUGGAACAACUAGAACUAGAAUGCUUUCCUUGUUUUAUUUUGCAAUUCCUGUUGGAAGUGGUUUAGGUUACAUCGUUGGACCUGAGGUAGCAAAUAGAAUUGGUCAUUGGUACUGGGCUUUGAGAGUGACUCCGGGCCUUGGUAUUUUAGCUGUGAUCUUAUGUUUGACUGUUUUGAUUGAACCUCCACGUGGAAGAGCUGAUGGAGGAGUUGUUUCAAAUACCACAAGUGUUUUUCAAGAUAUCAUUGAAGUUUUAAAAAUACCAUCUUUCAUAUGGGUGACUUUGGGUUUCACUUGUGUCACAUUCUCCGUAGGAGCUCUUGCUUGGUGGGUACCAGAUUUUAUGGAUUCCGCUAUUGAAGUACAUGGAGAAAAACCAGAUAAAACUUAUUUAUCCCUUGUAUUUGGAGUGAUCACAUGCUUUGCAGGAAUAGUUGGAGUUGUGCUUGGGUCAAUAUGUUCUCAGUAUUGGAGAAGAUAUAAUCCCAGAGCAGAUCCUUUAAUCUGUGCAUACAGUAUGAUGUUUUCAAUCCCUCUUGUUUAUGCUGCUUGUCUUACUGCCUCAUCAAAUAAUACUUUAUCAUAUGUGUGUAUAUUCUUUGGCGUAACAUUGUUAUGCAUGAACUGGGUUUUGGUUGCUGACAUUGUUUUAUAUGUUGUCAUACCUCAAAGAAGAUCAAUGGCUGAAGCUAUUCAAAUUUCUUUGUCUCAUGUUCUUGGUGAUGCCUGUAGUCCUUAUAUUGUGGGUGUUUUAUCUGAUGCAAUUUCAAAUGGUGAUAAAAGUCCUUUAUCCACCUUUAAAAGUCAGCAAUAUGCUCUCUUUCUUCCAAUGUUUAUUUUAGUCCUUGGUUCAGCCUUCUUUUUCAUAAACUCAUUUUACAUUGUUCAAGACAAGGAAAAAUGUACUAAGGAAACCCAUGGUGAUAUUUAUUCUUCUCAAGCGUCAAUUAUGCCUGAUCCAGUUGGUUCACAAAAUAAUUUUGAAUGAAAAAUAGAUUCAUAAUGUUUAUGUUUGUUUUAUGAAGAGUGGUAUUGUUUACUAUUUUGCUCAAAGUCUAUUACAUCUAUACAUUCUAUCUCUAUAUGUUUAUAUAUAUGUUAGUUUAGGUGUUUUGAAAAUUAUUAUAGGUUUAUCUUAAGCACAUACUACUUGAAAAUUAAUGUUAAGUUAUUACUUAUGUGAAAAUAAUGUUCCUUAUUUUUGUUGAUGUGUGAUAUUAAACUUCCAGUGAGAUUUCUUCUUGUGAAAACGUAGUUGCAAUGUGUGUACACUAAAUUUUUUUUUACAUAUCAAUCAAUGGCAAUAAGCAUACAAAAGUUUGGGAACAACUGAUUUAAGCUAUGCAAAGUAAUAUACAAAUGUUUUAAGUGCAACGGUUCCAAACAAAGUAUAUUUAUUUUAAUCUAAUUAUAUGUUUAAGGUAUUAAAACUCUUCAUUAAAGUCUCUGUAGUCUCUAAAAUGACAGUUUUUGCUGAAUAAGAUGCUAUUUUUAUAACCUUUUGAGAAUUUUCAAUAGUUAUUCAAGAUUAUUAAGUUUAAAGCCUUCUCUGGCAGCGUCGCAUCUCAGAAGUUUAGCUUUUUUGUGCCCGUAUGGUCCCCGUUGUAUGCCAUGUGACGAAAAGAAAAAUUGUAUCGCCCAACUGAAUUAGUCUCUACAUACACAUCUCUUUAAAUCUUGCAAUUAUUUUUAUAUUUCAGAAUAUUGCUAAGAAAUGGCGCAACUAGUCCCAUUUUCUUCACAAUUAAUACAGUGAGAUUUCCCACCUUGAAUUGCAAUCAAAAUCAUUUUGUACUUUCUGUAAUUUCGCUUUCAUUAGUGUCACCUUUGAAUGUCAAAAUAGUUAUGAUGGUUUUGUGAUAAAAGUAAGUUUUACGCUCUGAUGCCCAAGACUGAUUGCAAAGCUGUUUUAACGGUAAGGUUGGAAAAUUAUUUUCCUAACUAUUUUCUACCUAAUAUUAAUAAUUAUUUUAUGCAGAUAUUUAUUGUAAAUGCCUUAAAGCAAUAGAGUUAAUAAAUAUGUUAUCACAGUGAGUUUUUUAAAGAUAAAACUUGAGUGCAUUGCAGGGAAAACUGGAGAUAUUUUACCAUAUAAUUAAAAAAUUCCUUUGCUGACAAAAAUAUUUUGCAUUAUUGAAUUUGGGAUAAAACAUUUUCAGCUAUAAAAAAACGCUUUUUUUUUCAUUUUUUUUUUCUUCAGUGGGUUGGAAAUUUGAAGGAAAAAAAUCUGACAGAAAAGAGGUUAAGUUUAACAUAUAUUUAACCAACGCCUUCUAUACUAAUUUUAAAAAAGGCUUGAAAUGACAAUAUGAAAAAUAUACAAAAUUUUGUAUAAAGAAAAGUGUAGGAUUUAAUUUUUUUAUUAUUUGGGAAGCUACUCCAAUGUUGCAUUGUCUGGCUUAUUAAAAAUGUUCAAAAGUUGAGAAAUAUUGACUGAUUUCAGUAAUUUUCAUCUAAGGUGGAAAAAUUUUACUAAACUGGCAGUUUUUAAAAAUGCUUAACUUUUUUUUUUAAAUCCUAAAUUUUUUCUUAUAUGGUCCAUAUAAUUCUGUAUGGUAUAUAUAGUUUAAAAUUAUAGCAUUGCUUCAAAUUUAAACCACUUGUGUUUUUUUUUUUUUUUUUNUUUUUUUUUUUUUUUUUUUUUUUUUUUUUUUUUUUUGCUUUGAAACAUUUAAUUAGGAGAUUUAGCAUCAUAAACAUUUACACAUAAAGAUAAUAAGAAGAAAUCCUAGCCAUUUUUUUGAAUGCUUGCAUAUUAAACAUCAUUAUUCUAUUAUUCUAAGAAUUAAAAUUUAAUUCUUGCCACAGCAAAAGCAUUUUUUUUUUCGAACCAAUUGUUAGUAAUAUAUAUUUUAUUUAAUUAGUUUACACUGUUAUUAAUAUUCUGCAUAAAUUAUUUUUUUCAGUUCCUUUUCACAAUUAUAAGCCUUUAAUUUUUUAGGAAUGUUUAAAAUAUAGCUGAUUCUUUAAAGACAACAGUUUGAGUAAAUCUAGCUAUUCAAUAAUGAAUAAUUUUUUUUUAAAGAAAUUCAUUAAGUCUGUAUGCAAAUAGAUUUUAAUUAAUCUUCUCAUUUGAAAAAUAAUAAUGCAAUUGAGGAUGUUUUCUGGUAUAAGUCUUAUUAUUUCAUUCUUAUAUUAAUGCAGUUGUAAAUAACAUGCUGAUUGCAUUUCAAAGUAAGUGUAAAAAAGUAUUUAUAACUUUUUAAAUGAUUCAGUUUCUUGAACUGAUCUAUCUGUUCACUACACCUCAACUUUCCCAAGUCACAUGAAUUUGUUAUAAGCCAAUGAAAAUUAUUUUCCAUCUGUGAUUCUUUAUUCCAAUCGACAAAACAGAUUUCCUGAAUACACCUUAUUCACUUCUCUUGCAAGAGUACAGAAAUUCUAAAUUCGGUGUGGUUCAAUUGUUAAGUUAGCUUAAACUGAAGUAUGUUCACACGCACAUAACAUAGAUGUAGUAUGUGUUAGUACAUGUAAUCAAAAAAUUAUUAAAAAUAGUGCUUUACUUUUAAAUUGUAUUUUUUAAAAAGUGAUAGAUUUUUCUUAAAAUAUUUUAUUUAACCUCUUCAUCCCCAUGGCCUUAAGCUUAUUUCACUAAACCGUCCUGUCCUUUAUAAGAGAUCUUGCUUUUUACCAACUUUGUAAGCAAACCUGCUAAAACUCGUUCAAAAUCAUUCUUUUGUACAUCAAUUUUGAUUGCUAUCUUGACCUAUCAUAUUCCAUUCUUAAAAUUAAACUCUGAAUUGUAGAAAAUGGAUAGUAAUGUGUAUAAUCCAUAAAUCUUUUUUUUUUUAUUCAAAGUAGGUUUAGAAUAAAUACUUUGUUUGAUUUAAAUUUUACUGUUUAUAUGUAAUUGAAAGAUUCAGUCUUGUGAGUAAUAAACCAUAAUUACUUUGAUUUCUCAAAAGUUUCUUUUUUUAUAUCUUAAAGAUUUUCUUCUGUUAUGUAAUAAAUUCUGGUAAAAAUACCCCUUGUAUAUUUAUCCAUCAGUGUCUAAUUUAUUAAAAAAAAAAGUGCCUUAUAAAAAUUAUUCUGUGAAUUUCUUUUGAUUGAUCAACGUAACUACUUAAAAAUGUUUUUUUUUAUUUUUAUUAGAGGCAAUCUAUAUAUAGUAGAGAUAAAGAUUUGUUAUUUCAUAUCAAUUAGAUGUGGAAGAGUUUGCAUAUGAUACUGUAAUACCUUGUUUGCAAUUGUUUUUAUAGUAUAUUUAUUUAUUCAAUUUUAAUGAAAAAAAUAUUUCAAUUAUUAACGAAAAUGCACUGCUAAAAUAACUGUAAUUAAUGAAAAUAUAUUUUUUUUUUGGUAACAAUGAAAAUAAUUUAAAUGUCUUUAAUAUGUUUGCUGCCAAUCUCACAACGAAACAAAAAGCAACUUUACUGACCAUCAUGCAAUGGUCAGCAGCGACGGUGUUAAUGCAUAAAAGGAAAAUUACUAAAAAUCAUAAUAAUCUAUAUGUUUUUGUUAAUGUUAAAAUGUUAUUUAUUGUAUAUCAUCUUCAAGAAACUUCUAAAACAAUCAUAUAUUUGUAUUAACUACCUCAUUCUAUCAUUGUUGUUAGUAUUUUUAAUAGUUGUAUUUUACAUAGAUAAUGAAUUAAUUUGUAAUGUCUACUGUGUGAAUCAAUAUGUAGAAUUUUUUAAAAUUCUUUUUUUAAUAUUAGUUAAUAAGUUUAAUAAACUUUUUUUUACUUUUGUAUGUUUAUUAAUCAUGCAAUGCAAUAAUAAGGGAAAAUAUGUUUUUUAAAUUGUUUUAAAUGAUCUGAUACUUUAUGAAAAAUUUUAAUUGCUGUGUACAGAUAUAUAUUCAUUGUAAAAUAAGUACAUAAUCUGAUAAUCUACUAAUCAUUUUGUAGAUUUAUUAUUUUAAAGUUAAGAUUUUUUUUAUACUUAAUAUUGUUUUUUUUUUAUAGUUAAUAAUUAUAUCCUUAUAAAUUUUAUGAUUAUAAUAGUUUUUAAUCAUAAAAAAUUUUAUUUUACAACUAUCCAUUUUUUUUUCAUUUGAGUGUUGUGCAUGUUUAUAUUUUAAUUUGUGAAAUUAAAAAAUAUAUGCAUUAGUUUUAAACAUGAAAUAGAACGCUUUGAUAAAAUAGUUUUUGUAUUAAAAUGAUUUUUGUAUUUAAAUGAAUUUUACUGUAAGUGCCUUAAAAUAUUCUUAAAUAAUUAGUGGGGGUAUUAUUUUGGCAUGUCUAAUGUGCAAUUCUAGUCUUUCACUUAUUCUUAGCUCAUUUCAUGAAGCAUAGCUGUAUUUUUUUUUUAAUCUAACUGCGUUGUAUUAUUUUAACAAAUUCAUAAUUGUUUGAAUUUAUAAAUAAAUAUUAAAGCUUUGA